CUCCCUCCCCCAUGAAUCUCCAUGUCAUGCCAUCCUUUCUCAAACCCACCACUCUCCUCCUAACCACCACUCUCAUGUCCAUCCUCAUCCAAUCCCCCAACUCCCUCCCUACCACUCUCCUCACCCACCCCAUCUCCACCCAUCUUCGUUUCGACUCCCUCUCCCUCUCCGCCGCAUCCUCCGACUUUGGCGGCAUUGUUCACUCCCAUCCUUCUGCCGUCUUCCUCCCUUCCUCCCCUUCAGAUAUCGCCUCUCUCCUCCGCCUUUCCCACUUCUCCCCUCACCCAUUUACCGUCUCAGCCCGCGGCCUUGGCCACUCGACUCGUGGUCAAGCCCAAGCCUCCGCCGGCAUCGUCAUCAACAUGCCAUCCCUCGACAGCAGUAUCACCGUAUCGACCGAUGGCAUGUUCGUAGAUGUCGGCGGUGAGCGAAUGUGGAUUGAUGUGUUGAGAGAGACUUUGAGAUAUGGUUUGACACCAAAGACUUGGACUGAUUAUCUUUACUUGACACUGGGUGGAACUUUGUCUAAUGGUGGAAUAAGUGGGCAGGCUUUUUUGCAUGGACCGCAGAUCUCCAACGUUCAUGAAUUGGACAUCGUUACAGGUAAAGGGGAGAUGGUGAGCUGCUCGGAGAGUGCCAAUCCUGAUCUCUUCUUCUCUGUAUUGGGAGGUUUGGGACAGUUCGGGAUCAUUACGAGGGCCAGGAUUGCUUUAGAGAACGCACCCAAAAGCGUGAGAUGGAUGCGACUGAUGUAUACAGACUUCGAGCUGUUCACAAAGGACCAAGAGCUGCUUAUAUCCAUUAAAGCUGAAGGGGAAGGAUGGAGACUGAACUAUGUGGAAGGAUCUUUGCUUAUGGAACACAGCUUAAAGAGCAACUGGAGAUCUCCCUUCUUCUCAGAAAAGGAUCUGAAGAGGAUUAAAAAGCUGGCUUAUGGUAAUGAGGGAGUCAUAUAUUGCUUGGAAGCCUCCUUCUACUAUGACUAUCAUCAUGGAAGGAACUUUAGUAGAGCUGAUAAAACUCAAAUGGAUCAGGAUAUUGAAGAAUUGCUUAGAAAACUAAGCUUUGUAUCUGGAUUUGCAUUCAAAAAUGAUGUCACUUACAUGAGUUUUCUGAAUAGAGUUCAUGAUGGCGAGCUGAAACUAAGAGCUAUGGGGUUAUGGGAUGUUCCACAUCCAUGGCUCAAUCUCCUUGUUUCAAAGUCUAAUAUAAUGGAUUUCUAUAUUGGAGCGCUCAAAGGAAUAAUAUUGAAGACCAGCAAAUCCAUGGGUCCAAUACUUGUUUAUCCAACAAAAAGAUCAAAAUGGGAUGAAAGGAUGUCCACAGCAAUUCCAAAUGAAGAGGUGUUCUAUUCCAUAGGAAUCUUACUAUCCUCAGAGAUGAAUGAUUUGGAGCAUUUGGAGAACCAGAAUGCUGAGAUAUUGAAGUUUUGUGAUCAACAGGGCUUGAACUAUAAGCAAUACUUGCCUCAUUACACAAGUAUGGAGGACUGGAAGAAACAUUUUGGUAAAAAAUGGGGGAGAUUUGUUGAGAUGAAAAGCAGAUAUGAUCCCAAAGCAAUUUUGUCACCUGGGCAAAAAAUUUUUGCACAUCCAGUAGAUGAGCUUUGUGAUCUCUCUGAUCACUAAUCUUUCUUAAUUAUGUAGAAGUUUGGCUCUAUUUAUUGUGAAAACUUUGUACAUAGUACUAUAUGUUAUGCUUUUUCUUGCAAUGUAUAUAUAUGAAUGAUAAGGGUCUGUUAAUUAUGU